GUUUCUGCCCAAGUUCCAUGGAUGGCGAGGCGUGCUGUGGUCCGUUCAUCCCUGCUGUCCCCUCCCAGUUACUAUGAAGCGGUACACGAUGGCCGUGGACCUACUAGUCCUGAGUAUCCUUUCUUUAGUGGCUGGUACCACUAUAUGGGUCAGGAACCUCUUUCAUACAAGCGACGUGGAGGCAUUGUGGAUCAACGCGAUAUCAUCAUGGCCCAUCAGGCCCACAAAAUCCACAACACACCACAGGCAAAGCGGAAGGAGUGGGAGAUGGCUCGGUUUGGAGAUGAGGUGCCAGCCCGCUAUGGGGCAGGAGGUUCAGGGGGAGCUGGCUCUGGAACAGCAGGCGGCGGAGGUGGCCGGGGUGCUGGGGGCGUUCGGCAAGGUGGUCCCCCAGGGGCCCAGAGGAUAUAUAAACAGUCGAUGGCCCAGCGAGCCCGUACCAUGGCACUCUACAACCCCAUUCCUGUUCGGCAGAACUGUCUGACUGUCAACCGCUCCCUCUUCCUCUUCAGCGAAGACAACGUG